AGAGAGAGAGAGAGAGCGAGAGAGAGAGACGGGGUGUUUAAAUGCGAGCACAUGGAGUGGGAUCGGGGCCGGCUGUCCUCGCUUGGAGCCCUAAUCGCCCUUCACGUGUUCCUCCCUCCCGCCUUCCUCUCGCCUAUUAAUACCUCAUCGUCUCCUGGGGGUGGUUCGCCAGAGAGAGCCCAUCGAAGUGCGCAGGCAGCGGAAGAGGGAAAAGGGCGUCAUGGAGGGAGGAAAGAAGCAGGACGCCGGUGCCCCCGCCAAUUCGUCCUCCUCCUCCACUUCUUCUUCCUCGCCCUCCGGCUUCUUCAGCAGUGUCUUCCCUCCUCCUUCCACGGUGAUGGCUAAGGAUUCAUCGCAGAGUGACUUGUACUGGACCUUGAGCAAGCAAAGGGCGGAUGGUUCGAUCGGGAACGCUCAGGGCGCGGCAACAGAUUUAAUCGACAUAUGUAAGCUCAGAUGGAUGUGGUUCCGAUUAACUAUGGUGUUCGAGAUGGCAAAUCACAGGGAAGUCCAACCAAAAGGCAAACAGCACGGGGCAAGGAUGGUAAACCAGUUGAUCCCGGUCAAUCUGAAGAAUCAGCCUAUUUCGGCUCAUCUGUGCACUAUGGGGGUCGUGAUUUCUAUGUCACUUCUCCAUCCAACCAAGUCUCUGGAGCUCCAAAAAGUUACAAAGCUGAUGAAGGGGAUGGUUCGGGUGACACAAACAUUGCCAACAGAGGUGAAUGGUGGCAAGGUUCCCUGUACUAUUGAAGACUAAUUAUGUCAGUAUGCUUUCCAUUAUUAAGGAAGAAGCUACAAGUUCCACAACAGAUGAACAAAGAAGCAACAUGAGAUCUGAAUAGAGUACUAAUUCAGAUGUGAUGAACUAAGAAACAAAGUGAGAUAUGAAUUAGAGUUCUACAAGUUGAUAAGCCUUCAUUCAUCAGAUUUGUAGUAUUAAACAGAACCAUAUUAGGCGAUCACAUUUUCUUGAUAUGGCAUCUCCCAGAAAGUGUGCUAUUGUCAUACCCCAAAAAAAUUUCGUGUGCCCACCGUCUUCUUCCUGGUUGUAUAAACCCUAGAAUCAUAGCACUGAAUAAUAAAAUGUAAAAAAAAAACAUCUAGCUCAAAAAAUACAUCUGAUUGUAUGAGAUUUGUUGCUUCAGCUACUCUAAUUUUCACUGUGCAUUCCUUUUC